CCGAUUGUUUCCUCAAAUCAACAUAAUAAGCUUAAUUACCGAAAUGACAACUUAGAUGAAUGUGAUUGGCCGAUGCGUUCUAUUCUUCCCAAGGGACGGACGGACGUCCCAGAAUGCAACACGUGGUUGGUUCAUCGUCGAACCGCCUUGGACGCAAGUUGAAACCCAGCAUAAACGAAGUCAAGGUUUCCUAUUACAACCGUAUUUCUUUCCUGUUUAACGGACGAAAUAUAAGCUGGGUAAGUAAACAAGUUGACUUUUUCAAUUGUAUUUAAUCCGUUGUGCUUACUCGCUGCAAAAUUCAGGCAUGUUUCAGCCAGUGCAACGCUGUGAGGUCGCUAAAUUUUGUGCAACUUUGUGUCCGCAGGAAAGCUGAGACGAUGCGUUUGGCGCUUCCCGUACAGAUGUAAACUGAUUCUUUUGAACGAAAGGCGAGGUUUUGUUACAACUGUAUCUACGACAAAUUAUUAAUGUAAGUUGAGUCGCAUAUUUAUUGUAUCUUCAUAGCGACACACAAACCCUCUUGCGGUCCGCUUGUGUUUCGACGCACAGAAAUGUACAUUUUUGCCCCCUUCUCAAACGCUAACAGCCUUUGCAUUUUUGAGUCUGGAAUGCGGAUUACAUCCUGAACAAAUUUCCCCAAAUUUCUACCCGUAGUUCAAAAUGAAAAUCGCAGUAAAUAUGAGAUGUUUCCCGUGUACAUGCGACACCAAAUUAUCAUAAUAGCCAGUCUGAAUAGUUGCAUUUUAUGUUUAUAUCAUUUCCCUUCGGAUUUGAUCGCAUUUCAGUUCGCAUUUUGACCUCUGUCGGGCAAACUCGCUGCUGGAGUUGCUUUUUAUAAAUAUAAAAGCAAUCCGUUUCGUUCUGGUUUAGUUAUAAUCCUAAAUUCACACGGUUUAUUUUGGUUGUUUGUUUAUGAUUACUUCUAAUUUGGUCAAAUUAUUUAAUUUUAAAUCGUUGUAUUGUAAUAUUAAAACUGAUGAAGCAAGUAAUUUAAUUUGUUACUUUUGUGAUGUGGUUGAUCGUAGACAAUGCGAAGACGUGACAGUGUUUUCUGGAUUGUCUAUGGGUUGAUUUAGUUUGUGUGUCUGCUCAAGUUAAAAUUUUAUUUUAGAAAUCUAUUAUUUGUUUUCUAAAGUUUGUUUAGGUAUAUAAAUCUUGGAGUGUGUGUGGGGGGGGGGGGUACUGGUAUAGGAUGGGGUUUGCCUUGAAAUUAUGCCUGAAAAUAAGGCUGUGAGUCUUGGCCAAAAUAUUGAUACUUACACAUACACUGUACAUUUGGCAUUGCAUUAAUAUUUAUACAUGAACUUGUGGUUAUCUAGAGCUCGACAACUGUCUCUCUGUAGCUCAGUUGGUUAGAGCGCUGCACCAGAAUCGCAGGGCCGAAGGUUUCGGUUCCUGCCAGAGCACCAAUAGUCCCAUUUUUUGCAACUGUUUCUGGUUAAGUCUAUUAAAUAAAUGUAUAAAAAUUCUACUUCAAUUCUAUUUUCCUCAUGGGAAAAAUACUCUUAUGAAACAAAAAUAUUUCGAUGAUUGUAGAUGGAUUACUGUGGAUGACAUUGUCUGUUUUUAUAUAUUUUGUUUAAAAAAUAAGGAGUCACUAUGGCAAGUGAGGACGCUGAAACCCGAACUGAAGUUAUGGAUGAGAAACCACCGGUAAGUAGCGUCUGCAAGGGAAAGUGUCAGACCAACAUCAUUAAAACCCAGUACUCUGCCCUUGACAAGUAAAAUGAUCUGUUUUAUGUUUUAUUUUUUUGUUUUAAUUAAAAUACUUUAUUGGAUAGUGACGAAACGGUAGUCCUGAGUGCAAAUGGGACUCUAGGUCCCAUGCGAGGCACUCCUCCGAUUAAAGAUACAACAACAGACAAUACAUGUAGAAUAAAAUAUACAUAUAAACUACAGUCAUAAAUAAACAUAUGCCACCAACUCGAAAAUCAAGGCUAAGAUUAUCUGGUGUACGUUAGACAGAGUAAUAGAAUAGAAUAGAAUUUAUAUAACAAGAUAAAAAUAUAACAAGAUUAUUAAAAUAAAGUUUUACAUGAAAGAGAACGGUGCUGGGGAAUUGGAGUAACUAAAGUUUUAGAAAUAAUUAACUGGGAGGGAAUUGGGAUGCAUUGCAACUUCAUGGGUUAACUAGACACAUUGGCAGAUAGCCUGGUUAACCCAAUGAGCGCCAGCACUCUCCCCUUGACAAGUAAAAUUGUCUGGCAUUAAACAGAAUAAAAUAAUAAAGUAGAGUGCAUCAUGAUGCAAUGCGACUUAGUGGAUUAAUCUUUCCUUUAGCAUUCCUUCUAAGGUAUAUUAGCUCGUGUGCAUUAAUGAUGACCUAAUAAUACUUAAAAUGACUCAAUUCCAACAUCUUGAGUUAAGCUCCACAUAAUUACAUUUGGGAUAUAUGCACAACAUUACUGCAGUGUGCUCACAUUUUCGUCCAUUUUGUGGCAGGCAAAAAGACAAAAAACUGAAGAGACGAGUGGGUCUCAACCAGCAGGGAAUGAUGCUCCUGAAAAAGAAGUGUAAGUUGCCAGCCUAAGAAAUUUUAUUUCCAAUAUCUGGAUACAUGCAAAGCUAUAUUUUGUUCACUAAUGAUUUGACUUUUAGGGAAACCACAAAGAUGGAUGCUCCUGCAGAAAUUACCCAUGCAACCGAUGUUGAUAAUGUACAUAAAGAAGAACCACCCCAAUCUGCUGAGGCAACUUCUACUGAAUUUACACCCACUGUACCCACUGGCACACAACCACAUCUUGCUGAGCCAGUUGGCACAGAAACACCACAUACAGAACCGAUACCAACCAGUGAAACAUCUGCAAACCCCAUAGAAACUCAAGCAACCAUUGUGAAACCAUCUGAAGAGACCAAGAGAGAGGUCUGGGGAGGUGUGGCGAGUGGCGAAUGCCAACUACCUUCCGUCACCAAUGUGACACUGACAAAUCUGACUGAAUUUGCCCCACAAGAUCCCAAUGUUACCUCAGUUAACCUUGAGAACUGUGUAUAUGGCCUCACACCGGCAGCCGUUAUGACGAGCCUUGCCAAUCAACAGCUUCGACCAAUAGCAAAUCAGUUUGGUGCAAAUACAACAACGCUGUUUGCAGCAGGAAAUUACCCGCAUAUUAUUACGACUCCAUCACAAGCUGGCCUGCAAGGCUUUGCUACUGCAGGUGUGUGAUUAAGUGAUUUAAAGUUCACUUCCACUGAAGUAUUGCAAAAUCUGGUCCAUGAUACUCUUGUUUUCUUAUUGCUCAAUAAAAUUUUAACUGUUGUUAUUCUAUUUUUGUUUAUUUUAUUGUUGUUGUUAUUGUUGUUGGUUUGUUGUCAUUGUUGUUGUUGGUUGGUUGUUGUUGUUGGUUUGUUGUUAAUUUGUUGUUGUUGUUGUUGUUGAUUUGUUGUUGUUGUUGUUGUUGUUGUUGAUUUGUUGUUGUUCUUGUUGUUGGUUUGUUGUUGAUUUGUUAUACUUGUUGUUGUUGUUGUUGUUGUUGUUGUUGUUGUUGUUGUUGUUGUUGUUGUUGUUGAUUUGUUGUUGUUAAUUUGUUGUUGUUGUUGGGUUGUUGUUGUUGUUGGGUUGUUGUUGUUGGUGUCAUUGUUGUUCUUGUUUGUUGUUUUUGUCAUUGUUUGUUGAUGUUUUUGUUAUCAUUCAUGUUAUUGUUUACCACAUUCUUGCUGUUUUUGUUGUUAUUGUUGUUCACGUUGCUCUUGUUGUCGUAUUACGCUUUUGUUGUUCUAACUGUAACUGUUCAUGCUAUCAUUUUUUAUGUUUUUAUUGUUAUAUUUUUUGUUGCUGAGCUUGCUAGUUUUUUGUGUAGUUUGUUAUUAGUUCUUGGACUCAGGUAUCAGUGUAUGCUCGUUUGUUUGCUAAUUAUCCUACUACUCUACCAAUUUCUUCACAGGUGCUGCAUUGUCAGCGGUGCCUGCCGGUGUGCUAUACGCUCAGACGGGUCCCCAACCCUCUCCCAUGGCGGGCUUCUCACUCGUAACUCAACCGAUACAUUAUCAAACCGCCGCGUUGAAUGCCGCUGUUAAGACCUCGUCAAGCGAACAGACCGCAACCACAGAACAAGUUACAUCGGAGCAACAACAACAAACACAACAGCAACAACAACAGUCGCAGUCUCAAGCACAACAACAACAGCAACAGGCAACACAACAAGCAGAUGGGACUGAAAUCCAAUCUGUACAAAACAUUGCAUUCGCCACUGGCAAUACCUUCCCUGCUGGAAGUUACGCUGGAGUCAUUCCCGCAGCCCAAGCAUAUGGAAAUGCAUAUAUGGCGCAACAGCAAGGCGUCGCAGGUGAGAAUUGAGUUUGAGUUUAUAUAUUGAGUUUUUCAGGAGGUACUUACGAUUUUAACGUCCUUAUCCGAGAAGACGCGAAAGACGUUUCAGAUUAUAUAAAUGUCUUUAAUGAUUUCGUAAAUGUGUCACCAAUGUCAGUGACCUCACACACAAUCCAAACUUCGUGUUUCCCACGACCGUAUUUUUAAUAUUCCUACGGCCGCUUUCCAUUAGAAUUACUCGACAACCUUCGCAGUUUUCCUGACUGUACUAUAGGGAAGAUUUACAAGCUGCGAAAAAGGUACCAUCUGGUUUCGCAGUUGUAAGACCUGGUAAGGAAUAACGAACGAACUUUUUGAACUGCUGUCGGCAGCUAUAAAAGAACAGUUCUGCUGAGGAGAACUGGAUUGACGUUGGCAUUUUUUGCCCAUCUGGGCCGUUGCCAAGGUCGGUAUUGCCUAAUGCCGACCUCGUUUUCGAGGGCUCGUAAUCGAACCCUUAAAUGGUUAUCUUAUCUGCAAUCUAUGCUGAAAUUAAGAAAGCAGCAAACGAGAAGAGCCAACCUCUGUAAAUCAUGGGAGUUUUCAUUGCUGCAUACCUAUACCCUCUUCGCAAUGAUGGGUGAACUCUUUGGUUAUUUCAUAUUUGUUUUUCUUGCACUCUGCUGACAUUAAAAGAUAUUAAAUAUUGAUUUAAAAAAAUAAUUGCAGUUUAUGCUUUUCCUGUUAUUGAUGCUUGAGGCUAUAAAUUGUUCUCGUGCCGGAAAAGAACCUAGACAUUAAAAUUAUUUAAAAAAAGCAUGCGCAAAGUUAAAAUAAUUUUUAGUUUUCAUUUAUUUGCAAAACGAACUUAAUAAAUAUUGAACUGAUAGAACGAUAAACGAACAAUUUCAGAUUUAUGCACCUAGAUUAUAAAUUAUAUAAAUUGAAAGCAAAACUGCAUUUGCAUAAAAUGUCGGAUAAAAGAACAACAAAGACUGCCAACAAGAUCUCGUACAUUUUCCUUACAUUUCCCGCAAACUGUAAGCCAGUUGGCCGGUGAUGCCCUCUAUAUUAUCCCCGGGGCAAUAUAUUUUAUCUCAGGGAAGAAUAAUGUAUUUAUAAUUGAUUCAUUUAUUAGCAUAUAGCAUGACCAGUUGCCAUGGCUAAAGCCUCGCCACUGCACCUAUAGGGUAUCUGAAACUUUAUUAUUUUGUACAUGUUAUUGUUAGGGUCCGUUUAUACAUUUGGAAUUUUCGCUGCGAUUUCUAGCGCGAUUCUCUGCUUCUGAUGGAUGAGAAUGAGUUGAUGAGUUAUGAGCCUUCUGAGUACAUGUUCCUUCAUCAGAGCAUUUGUAACUCAUCCACUCGUUCACAUCCAUCAGGAGAAGAACAUCGCAAACGAGCCUUGGCUUUAGGCUGGAAUGUGCACGUUGGGAAUGUUCUUGUAAGAUUGAUAAUUUCCAAAUUUCUGGUUUUCCUUUGAACGAAAUGUCGGGCUGUGAGCAGGCUAUAAGCCCUGAAGCGGUAUAAGGUUCCCUUGAAAUAUAUCAGGGUGUUCGCCCGAAUGAAAUAUAUCAGAGUGUUCGCCCGUUCGUCUCGUAAUGACAUUCUCGUGGCCUAGCGCAAAGCCACAGAAUAAAGACACACGGAAGGUCGAUUUGCCCCCCAUUAGUUGCGUUCCCAAUUUUUUAAAUUCGAUGCCUCCUCUAGUGUUAUUUAUAAUCUCUAUGCAUUCACCCCCCUGGACGUUCGCCAUUUUGAAUAGGGGAUGCCUCUCAUAAGCGCACUGGCUAGGACUAUGGCGUCAGCAUUUUGAUGACGAAUUACGGUUACGCCAAAAUCAUAGGAAAAAACAAAAAAUGCGUGGUGAAAAUUUUUACCCUCGCGAUGGCGCUCGCACGUGCAUCGAGUCUAUUUCGUUUAAAGUUAUUAUGACAUAAUAAUAACCCUGAUCUGGUUCCCAAUUCAAAAGUUGAACAAUCUUAUAUAUAUAUAUAUAUAUAUAUAUAUAUAUAUAUAUAUAUAUAUAUAUAUAUAUAUAUAUAUAUAUAUAUAUAUAUAUAUAUAUAUAUAUUUGCUUAGCACGAGAAAUAGCAAGUGAUUCUAGGCUUUCAUAUACCAGAAUCGUUCGCUGUCUCGAGGCUAUACUACUAGUAAAAAUUUCGGGUUAUUAUAUCUUCCGCUGAAACAAUGAACUUAAAACAUAAUGCCACCCAUAUGUUAUCUCGCAUGUUGACUUAUGAAAAAUUAUUCUCCGCACCAUGUAAUCAAUAUAAAUAUUUGCGUUUUUAAGUGGUUUUAUGUACUAUUAUAUUUAUCGCUUCCGUUCAUGACGAUCAGCAACCAAAUCUUUAGCAUUGAUCUAUGUUUUGAUUAAAUAACAACGCUUGUUGUUUUGGUUGAACUGUCUGUGCCAGUGUAGGUGGUGCCGAUAAUAUGAACAAGCUUUCGUUGGCGGUAGGGAUGUAGCCUGCGAACAGGCUCUCUUUGAACUCUCUUUGAAAUUUGAGAAGAGCCUGUUCGCAGGCUAGUAGGCGAGAUUUUUCCGUCGUCUACACUAUAAGAAAUGUUUGAGGAAACUGAGUCAGUGUUUAACAUUGAGUAAGUUUUCUCAAACAUUUCUUACAAAUCCUUAAAAACUUAGAAUUUACCGAUGCAAAAUUCCUACCUGUGAUCACAGAAACUUUGAUAAUGUAACCCAUACUUUGGUUAUUUGUAUACAAAUGAGUCGAUAUACAUACAGGCAAUGUGGAAAAACCCCCCCCCUUUUACCCCUUAUGCCCCACUCUCUCAACUCCCCAGUGUAUAGCACAACAAACAACUUGUAAAUAAAAACUUUUUUCAAUAAAAUAUAGGACAAACUGCAACAUACGUUACCUAUCCUGUGACCAGUGGUGAAACCUUACCCACAACAAAUGGUACCUUAAAUACAGUCCAACCAAAUGGCCAGGCACUAUACCAAUACAACCCUGCAGCAUUUGGCCGUGGACAACCGCCGACAUACCCUAUAGUUUUAUCAGCAAUCCAGGAACAUAUGCCGCCCGAGCCUAUGUGCCAGUCCCCGGGACCGCGUCUGCGAUAUUGGAAAUCCAACGAGUUAUCAGAUGACGCAAUUGGCUAAUGUUAUAACGCAAAAUAACGCAGCUAUUGGUCUUCCUGAUGGACUAAAUGGAGGUUAGUCGAUUUGCUGUAAUUGCGUAGCGGCGCUGGGGGGGGGCGACGGUGAUGAUGAGAGAAGCUAGCGGGGUGGAGGGAGGCGGGGGUGCUCACUUACAUAUAGUUAAUCAACACAGUCUCCUGGAUAACUAGAUGAAUAGAAUCAUUUGACAAAAGUGCACAAAUAGAUGAUAAUAAAAAAGGUCAUCAGGUUUAGAUUAGUGUCGGAUUAAGAUUAGAUUAGGGUUAGAUUAAGAUUAGAUUAGGGUUAGAGUUUGGGUUAGAUUGGGGUUAGGUUUCCCCUAUGGAUAGAUGAAUAGAAUCAUUUGACAAAAGUGCACAAAUAGAUGAUAAUAAAAAAGGUCAUCAAGUUUAGAUUAGUGCCGGAUUAAGAUUAGAUUAGGGUUAGAUUAAGAUUAGAUUAGGGUUAGAGUUUGGGUUAGAUUGGGGUUAGGUUUUAAGAUUAGAUUAGGGUUAGAUUAAGAUUAGAUUAGGGUUAGAGUUUGGGUUAGAUUGGGGUUAGGUUUCCCCUAUGGAUAGAUGAAUAGAAUCAUUUGACAAAAGUGCACAAAUGGACGAUCAUAAAAAAAGGUCAACAAGUUUAGAUUAGUGUCAGAUUAAGAUUAGAUUAGGGUAAGAUUAGAUUAGAGUUGGGGUUAGAUUAGGGUUAGGUUUCUCCUAUGGAUAGAUGAUUAUCAUCUAUUUGUGCACUUUUGUCAAAUGAUUCUAUUCAUCUAUUUAUCUAUUUAUCCCGGAGACUGUGCUGAGUUAAUAACACUAUGUUCUGUUGCUAGGUAACAUACAGUACGCAGGA